GAUUUAUAUAUCAACACGUUUUUUGGAUCUUAUACACUUUUUCGGAAAAACAUAUUAAUAAUGGCUGAGCGCAAAGGGCCCAACUUCCUGGUACAAUUAUUGCUGCUCGUAUGGAAGAACUUCUUGUUGAUUUUCGAUCAAAAGUGCUACAUGGUCAGCCUUUUUAUAAUAUUUGCCAUACUGCCCGUAUUGCUUAUGUGUCUGAGGCUUUUUCCUUCAAUAGGAGAUAAACCAGAAACUGAAGGAGUAAUUCCGGUCCAGUUCUACCUCGAAAGCCUUCCCCGAAACAUAUAUUAUGCCCCUCACACUAAAUUUCUCGAGUCAAUGUUGGGAAUAUUUAAUACUAGCAAUAUCACGGGCUUUCAAAAUGCAGAUAAGCUCAAAGAUGCCCUAAUUAGUUUCGCAGAUCCGGGAAGUAGCGUUCUUGGAAUCGAGUUUCGCAAAAGUUGGAACGAAUGGCCCGAUGAAUUAUCCUUUGCUAUUCGCAUUCCCAAAAAUUGGAAAGGAAAGGUGCAACCUUUGUUUGCAUUCUUUGGAACGAAUUUAAUCUAUUUCAAUGGUUAUAUGGGAGUCCAAAAGGCAUUGAGCGAAGCGCACAUUCAACAAAAGUGCAAGGAGAUGAACAAGGAUAUUGAGCGUGCCAAGUUUCCAGAGUUCAAGGACCUGCCCUCACCUCUGAUUUAUGAUAAUGGUUUCGCACCGUUUAUAAAAUUACUUGCCGAACUUAUGAUUAUAAUAGUAACCUACUUCAUUGUCGUAAGUUUGACAAAGGUAUCCGAAAGCGACAAGGGCUUUAUGUAUAUCAGAGAUUUCUAUAAGAUUCUAUUGCAGAGCAUUGUGGAGGAAAAGGUUCUUCAGCUAAAGGAGACCUUGGCCCUGUUGGGUGUUUGCUCCGGUUUGCAAUGGCUGGCGUGGUACAUCCAGAACUUUAUAAUCCUCUUGAUUGGAUUUGUUCUGAUCACGAUAUGCUGGAAAGUCGUUCUGCCAGAGGAAACCACCUUGAUCGCCUUUGUGCCGUUCACCCACUGGUCGGUGCUCCUGUUCAUCCUGAUGGUCCUCGGUCACUGUAUGAUCUGCUUCAGCUUCCUGUUGAGCAGCCUGAUCUCCACGAAACGCCGAGUCGCCUUGAUCGCAACCUUGUCCCUGUUCGCCACCACACUACCGUAUUAUUUCCUAUAUUCAGAGGAUAAUAGGAUGGCAAUGGACACAUUGAUUAGCGUUUUCCUCUUGUCCGGAUUGAUGUUGCUGAGCAAACUGGCCGGCAGUUGGGAAGACUACGGUGUGGGUGUCCAGUGGGAUAAUCUCUUCCAGACCGCCUGGCCGGGGGAUUCGGUCAGCAUCGGGUAUGUCCUGCUGGUCAUGAUACUGUGCAGUAUCGUCUGCGUGCUCAUCUGUCUGUAUGUGGAGCAGAUUCGGCCAGGUCCUUACGGAGUUGCCCGACCCUGGCACUUUCCCGUAACCUUCUGUUGCCGUAAUCCGCAAGCCCUGCUGCCCUAUAGGCGGCUCUUCCGCAGGUUGUUCGGCAUCCGAGAGGCAUCCACUCUGGACGUGGAGCGCCUGGAUGACGAACUGAUGGAGCCGGAUCCCGAGGGCAAGACCGCAGGCGUUCAGAUCAUGGGUCUCAGCAAGAAUUUCGGCAGACUGGAGGCGGUGCGAGGCGUGAGCUUCGACAUGUUCGAGGAUCAGGUCACCGUGCUGAUGGGACACAACGGGGCCGGGAAGACCACGCUGAUCAGCAUGCUGGCCGGAUUUAUAAUGCCCACUUCCGGAACGGCUCUGGUUAAUGGCUAUGACAUCCAGAAGCAGCGCUACAAAGCUCGCAGGUGCAUCGGCUUGUGUCCGCAGCAAAAUGUACUGUUCAGGAACAUGGGUUCGGCAAACCAUAUCGAGUUCUUCAGCCGGCUUCGAGGACUCAGGGGUGCGGAGGUCAAGGCCGAGGUCGAAAAGUACCUGGAGAAGCUCAAUUUGGAGAGCAAUCGGAGGGCGCCAGUCCGGAACCUCUCCGGCGGAACUCAGCGGCGGCUGAGCGUCGCCUGUGCCCUCUGCGGGGGCGUCAAGGUUCUAAUUUGCGACGAACCCGGCACCGGAUUGGAUCCCAGUUCCCGGCGGGACCUGUGGAAACUGAUCCUGGAGUCGAAGGAGGGCUGCACCAUCAUGCUAACCUCCCACGAACUGGAAGACGCAGAGGUCCUCUGCGAUCGUAUGGUCAUCAUAAGCGAAGGAACACUGCGCUGCAUUGGAUCGAUGCCGUUUCUCAAGAACCUGGUGGAUGCCUCCUGCCUGCUCACCUGCGAAACUAGAAAAAGAUGUGAAGUGGAUAAGCUUUCCGCGUUGAUAUCCAGUCACGUGGGUACAAUAACGCCAUAUAGCACCAAGGGCCGUGAUGUUUGCUAUAAGCUGCCGCUCAAGAAGUCGAAAUCGUUUUCGGCGCUUUUCCGCGACUUGGAACGCAAGAGAGAUGAUUUGGGUGUUCGGGGAUUUGGUAUAAGUUCCGUGAGUCUAGAGGAGAUUUUCAUGACUUUUGGGGCGGAGGAUCUCCAAGCACCUCGAAAGGAUGGUGGUGCUGACAAAAAUCAAGAUGACGACGAUGAAUCUUUUGAGAGCGAUGAUGAGGAUAAAAAUGUACACAAAUGUUGCUAUCAGUGGGGGGCCUUGGGGACCAAGAAGUUUUUGUUUCUCUACGACUAUAAGGUUUACUUCCUGGUGCUCCUGUUGGUUCCCCUUUUCUACUUCCUAUUGAUGUUGUUGCGGAUUGACAAAUCGGAAGAUUUGAUCAGGUUGGACAUGAAUUUCGGUGUGUACGAUCGGUACGAUGUCUCCGCAUUGCUGUCAGAUCCGGGUAACUCGACAGGAAUAAGACCUACACCCUAUACCCUCUCGAGGGUGAUCGGAGAUGACAUCGAAAUUAAGGAAACGUCCCUAACCGUGGAUGAGUACCUAGAGGAAGCUUCGAAAACGAAAGAGGGACGUCGCGAGAUUGUUUUCAUGCCGUUUGCAGUCAGCGUGCAAACUCCUUUGGUUGGAUGGGUUGGCCCCCGACAUUUUGUUCAUGCGAGGCCCAUGACCCUUAACCUGCUCUACAAUGUCCUGGCCCAUGAGUUUCUUGGACCCCAAAUCAACUUGGAAGUAGUUACUGCUCCCUUCAAGGAGGACAUAUUUAUAGACAAGGAUAACUCGGCAAAGAAAUUAAACGUUUAUAUCUACAUAUGCAUCGCUCUGAUCCUGUUCUCGAGCAUGAUUAUCGUGGAGAGGGACUCGCACAUGAAAAUGCAACAAGAGGUUUCCGGGCUGAGCAUGAUAUCCUAUUGGCUAACUAACCUUCUCAUCGACAUGAUGGUCUACUUAAUUUUGGUUCUGGUCCUAAUUCUUCCCCUUUACAAAUCCGCUCAUUGGGAACAAUUGCUGCUGGUGCUCCUUUUAAUGGGAUUAACGGGCCUGAUAUUUUGCUACUUCAUGAUUUUGGUGUUUUCGGCCUCAGUUUUGAUAGUGUCCUUGGUCCUACUUUCAGGUUUUUUUUUGGCUACAAUUUUAAGUAUUUUUGGAACAAUGGCAAUUUAUAUACCAGAUUUACGUACAUACGUGUAUGUUAUUGUAUAUGUUGCCAACCUACAUCCUAUGGUAGCUGGUUACCUAAGCUUAGCCAAAUGCUUCUCGCACUUCUAUGUGUGCAGUCCAGGAUAUAUAGAAAGUGAAGGUGAACGCGAGAUCAAUUGUGUUAACCCUUUUGCUAACUCGGUAAAACACUGCGUUUGUGAAUAUCUGAUAAUCUGGCCUGAGAUAAUUUGCUUGAUUGUUGGCGCCAUUCUUUUCUCGAUAAUAAUAGUACUUUUUGAGUAUGGCGGUUGUUUGUGGUAUGCUUUGAAAGAUUGCUGCCCAGUCCAGCGAAAAAGUAAUAUUAAUGACCCAAAAGUUCUCAAGGAGGCGGAGAAAAUAAAAAGUAUGAACUCAGAUCAAAUUGGCAGUCGGGCCUUAGUCGUAGCAGAGGUUUCCAAAAAUUAUUGCUGCGGUCCUUUAGCGGUUAACAAUAUAUCCUUUGUCGUGAAGCCGUUCUAUUGUGUGGGUCUACUUGGACCCAAUGGAGCUGGCAAGACAAGUACGUUCAAAAUGAUUGUUGGCGAACAUUCGAUAGACGGAGGCAAUAUAUACAUAUCUGGCUAUAGCAUGAAAAAGAAUCGAAAAUCAGCACUGAAAGAAAUCGGUUAUUGCCCACAAUUCGACUCGCUCUUCGAAUUCUACACGGGUCGCCAAAUGGUCAAAUUCUUUUUGAUGCUACGAGGAACUAAAUCAGACAUACUGAAAGAACGAUGUGAGCAGCUGGCCGAUCAGUUCGGAUUCACCAAGCAUUUGGAUAAAAAGAUUAAAUACUACAGUGACGGAACCAAGCGGAAAAUCACGGCUGCGAUCGCCUGUAGGGCUAAAUCACUUAUUUGCUUGGACGAGCCCAAUUCGGGAGUGGAUCCCGCUUCCCGGCUUAGAGUUUGGACCCUAAUAAGCGAGGAGGCCAGCACCGGCAAGGCCGUUUUGCUCACAUCCCACAGCAUGGACGAGGUGAAUGCCCUGUGCUCCAAAUGUGUUAUCUUGGUGGACGGAAGUAUCUACGCCAUGGGUUCGAACCAGCAUGUCAAGAACAAAAUUGCAAGGGGAAUGGUUCUGAAGUUAACGAUAAACGCCAAUACGCAGGACAUGGCUGAUGUGCUUUUAAAGAUCGAAAAUGAACUUGUUAAAAAAUUCCCAGAUGCAACUAUAAAAGAAAUAUACGAGUUCAGUGGCAGGCUUACAUUUCAUAUUCCUGAUGACAAUAGCAGCUGGUCGCAAAUGUUCGAAUUUGUCGAAGGAAAGCGCGGCUCCUGGCAUUUGGCCGACUACUCGUUAUCACAGCCAUCAAUGGAAGAGGUUUUCAUGGAGAUCGCCGAAGAAAGGAAACAAAAUACGCAAAAAUCCAAAUCAGUCAAUAAUACACCUAAAUGAAAAAUUUAUAAUUUGUGACUUCAUUUGUUUUGAAAUAAAAUGUGUAUAAAACAAA